CAUAAUGGCCACAAAAAACACACUUUACGACAUCGUUUAGUAAAGAGAGCGUGAUGACCACAAGCUCUUGUCUCCCUUUAUACACUUCACAUAUCUUCUUUCUUACUCCAUAAACAAAUCACGACCACAUAGAGAGUAAGAGAAAGAGAGAGAGAGCUAGAUUUUCCAAUGGCUACCCUCGCAAGCACGUUAUGCACGGGGAUAAGUUACGCCGGACAGGUUCCGGUCAAGCGUGCCGGAGAGGUGGGACGUAAGAAGCAGAGAGUGGUGGUGGUGAGAGCAGAAGGAGGAGGAGGAAUCAAUCCAGAGAUCAGAAAGAAUGAAGAGAAGGUGGUUGACUCUGUAGUCGUCACCGAGCUUUCCAAGAACAUAACUCCCUAUUGCAGGUGUUGGAGGUCGGGGACGUUUCCAUUGUGUGAUGGGAGUCAUGUGAAGCACAACAAAGCUAAUGGAGAUAACGUUGGCCCUCUUCUUCUCAAGAAACAGUAGUUGUUCGAUUGUGUCUUGUUUCCCCUUUGCAUGAUGCAGUAGCUUUCUCUUUUUUUGUUUGGGUGAUGUAUUGAUUGACACUUGUCUUAUUGAAUAAAAAGAUUAUAUUAUCUAGUGAAACGGUCUUGUUUA